CACUGGAAGACGCUACCGCCAACACACUCCAAAAAGGCACCGUGCACUUUUUUUAUCCUUAUCAAAAUCUGGGAGCCGUGAUUACAGAAAACACAGACAACGGGACAAGCUGUUUAGACUACUGAGAGAAAGCGCAUGCAACUGUCCGACUACAGACCUCUCUGGUGUGAUGGACUUUUGAUUGCAACUCGCUGAAAAACAACGAAUUGAAAGACUUUCUUUUGGUGCACUGGCAUUCGGAAGGCUGAUGAUUUAAUUCGGUGACCUCAUUGCUCAUGUGCCCCGAGCACAAAUAACAAGCUUGUUUGUUAUUUUACAAUAAAUAUACAGAUUUUUUUCUCUUAAUAGUUUUCUUUCUUCUCUAAAAUUGGCUCCCGUACAAACAGCCGCGUUGGAUCCCUCGGGUUACUGCGAGACUCCGGUAUACAAUCCGGAUCUCUGCCCAAAUAUGAUAGCAGCCCAAGCUAAACUGGUAUACCAUCUCAACAAAUAUUACAACGAGAAAUGCCAGUCUCGCAAGGCAGCUAUCUCCAAGACCAUCCGAGAGGUGUGCAAGGUGGUGUCGGAUGUCCUGAAGGAGGUGGAGGUUCAGGAGCCGAGGUUCAUCAGCUCCCUGAGCGAAAUGGAUAACCGUUUCGAGGGUCUGGAGGUGAUAUCUCCGACAGAGUUCGAAGUGGUCCUCUAUCUAAAUCAGAUGGGAGUGUUCAACUUCGUAGACGACGGCUCCCUUCCGGGCUGCGCCGUGCUAAAGCUCAGUGACGGCCGCAAGAGGAGCAUGUCUCUGUGGGUCGAGUUCAUCACCGCGUCCGGUUACCUCUCAGCACGCAAGAUCCGCUCCCGGUUUCAAACGCUCGUGGCCCAGGCCGUUGAUAAGUGCAGUUACAGAGAUGUGGUCAAAAUGGUCGCAGACACGAGUGAGGUGAAGUUACGCAUUAGAGACAGAUACGUGGUCCAGAUUACCCCGGCUUUCAAAUGCACUGGUAUAUGGCCACGCAGCGCGGCUCAUUGGCCUCUGCCCCACAUCCCUUGGCCGGGUCCAAACCGGGUCGCAGAGGUAAAAGCCGAAGGUUUCAACCUCCUAUCUAAGGAAUGCUACUCGUUAAACGGUAAGCAGAGCUCGGCUGAAAGUGACGCCUGGGUCUUGCAGUUCGCAGAGGCCGAAAACCGCCUCCUUUUGGGAGGAUGUAGGAAGAAAUGUCUGUCGGUUCUGAAAACACUGCGUGACCGUCACCUUGAACUCCCUGGGACGCCACUCAACAACUACCACAUGAAAACUUUGGUCUCCUACGAGUGUGAAAAGCAUCCCCGGGAGUCGGACUGGGACGAAAACUGUCUAGGGGAUCGACUUAACGGAAUUUUAUUGCAACUUAUUUCGUGUUUGCAGUGCAGGAGAUGUCCCCAUUAUUUUCUACCUAACUUAGACCUUUUUCAAGGAAAACCGCAUUCCGCCCUGGAAAACGCGGCCAAACAGACUUGGCGACUGGCAAGAGAAAUUCUAACCAACCCUAAAAGCUUGGAGAAACUCUGAGGUAAAAUCAUAAUAUGUUUGUACAAAAUGUGCACUAUAUGUGGACUAUUCGCUAGUCCAAAGGCCUAGACGAAGUUUAUCACGAACUACAGAACAGAAUGACCAUUGCUGUUCAGACAUAUCCACAGUCUUAUGUGUGCACCUAUUGGCCUACUUCAUGAACAAUUAUUUCAGAUACGUUGUCUAAAAUAGUUUUCAUGCCAAGAAAUUACUGUCAUGACCUUAUAAUUUGUGAUGUCAUCAUUUGGCCACAUAAAUGCAUCAACAAUCAAAUUUGGAGGCUAAUAUGUCAGUGUUAUUUUCUUCUACCAUCUAACGGUUUCUCCUUAAAUGCUUUAAAUAAAGCCCGUAAUGAGCCUUGAUAAAACCUUAACUGUACAUUUUUAUACUGUAAAUAGGCAACAUACAUUCAUAGAUUGUGAUUCCAGUGGUCUGAAAAAAAAUUGUGAAUGUUGUUCUGUGACACGUAAAAAUAGAGUUCAGUUCCACCUGUUUAAGGAUAACGCCUGAUCCCCCCUUCCCCCCAUACAGAAAACAAUUUAGUAAUGCAUCAGUGCUAGUUUAUCAAUGUACGUGGAACGUUUCUUAUUUUUUAUUUUAUUUUAGCUUACAUUUUGAUGGUACGUAUUUGUUCAAUUGAAACAUUCCAUAAAUAUACUUGAAUCAUUAUUUAAUCUAUAUCUGACCAGUUUGUUUAUACUUUGUCUACAUGGUUAAAGCUGAAAAUAAGGAAAUAUAUAUAAAAAGAUAUCUGAGAAAUGCACUUAAAAUACACUGGAAUAUAAUUUUUUUGUGAUUUGAUUUUUUUUAUUUCUGUCUCUGAAUUUAUUUAAAGAGUUAAUAAAAACUGAGUCAUAUUUGUGUCCCAA